UUGCUCAAGUGAAGUAGCUAGAGUGUUCUUCGUCUUCUUCUUGUUAAUAUAGAGAUAUUUAUAUAUAUAUAUAUAUAUAUUGAGAGAGUGUUAGAGAGAGAGAGAGAGAGAGAGAGAGAGAGAGAGAGAGAGAGGGGAAAAGAUGGUACCAUUGAUGAAGGUGGAGAGGAAGGUAUUGGAGAAGAAGAGGAGGAUACAAAUGAAGGCCUUGUGCCUUGAGCUCAACUCUCUAAUACCAAAUGAAAACAAGGACUCUUCUUCUUCUAAGAGUUCAUCGUCACAAUUGCAUCUCUUGGAUCAAGCAGCAAAAUACAUAAAGGAACUUAGAGAAAGAGUGGAUACUUUGAAGGAGAUGAAGAAAAUAAAAAUAAAUAAUAAUAAUAAUAAUAAUAAUGUUAAUAGUAAUGAUGAUGAAGAGAUGCCGGUGAUUCAAGUUAAAAAAGUGGAUUCCAAUUUGGAAGUGGUUUUGGUGAGCAAGUUAAAUAAACAAGUGAUGUUUCAUGAAGUUAUUAGGGUUUUGGGAGAAGAAGGUGCAGAGAUUAAUAAUGCAAGCUUCUCAAUUGUUGGUGAUAAGAUCUUCCACACUAUUCACUCCCAAGUUAAUUGCUCAGGAAUGGAUUUCAACUGUCCAGCAAUGCUUGAGAGACUGCAAGAAUUGGUUCAUAGAAGAGAUGCCUUGUGCUCAAGAAAGAUGCAAGAAUGAAUGACAGUUUAUUUUAUAUUUUCUUUUUCUUUUUUAGGGUCAGGGUCAAAAAUGAAAAUAUGUAUUAUUUUUGUAUUAAGUAAAGGCAGAGGUAGUUAAUAUGAGGACUAAAAAAAAUUCAUUCAUUGUUUUAAGGAUUAACUAGGGAAAGUAAAGCAAGUCUACUGAAGUCACUGUGUUGAAGGUUAAGAUGUGAAGGUGAACUCUUUUUUUAAUUAAUUAAAGCAGCAUAUUAGA